AUGAUUGAAGUACACUCAAGAGUUUGUGGACCUCAUAUGAAUGGAUAUGUUCUAGCCAAGAAGAUACUUCGAGCAGGAUAUUAUUUGCUCACCAUGGAGCGGGAUUCCAUGCGAUUUGUUCGUAAAUAUCAUGAAUGUCAAAUACAUGGUGAUUUGAUACAUUCUCCCCCGUCUGAGUUGCAUGCAAUGUCUGCUCCAUGGCCUUUCGUGGAAUGGGGAAUGUAUGUGAUUGGACCGAUAGAACCAAAAGCAUCUAAUGGUCACAGGUUCUUCUUGGUGGCCAUUGAUUAUUUUACAAAGUGGGUGGAAGCAGUAACUUUCAAGUCUGUGACCAAGAAGGUCGUGGUGGAUUUCAUCCAUUUCAACAUCAUCUGUCAGUUUGGUAUUCCAAAGGUGAUAAUAACUGAUAACGUUGCAAAUCUCAACAUCCACUUAAUGCAAGAGGUAUGCUACCAAUUUAAGAUUGAGCAUCGAAGUUCGACUCCGUAUCGCCUAAAGGCAAACGGGGCUGUAGAGGCUGCUAACAAAAAUAUAAAAAAGAUACUUCGUAAGAUGGUGCAAAGUUCUCGACAAUGGCAUGAAAAGUUGCCUUUUGCUUUGUUGGGUUAUCGCACUACAGUUCGUACGUCAGUGGGAGCUACCCCAUAUUCACUGGUUUACGGGAUUGAAGCAGUUAUACCUGCAGAGAUUGAGAUCUCUUCUUUACGAAUUGUUGUGGAGGCUGAAAUUGGUGAUAAUGAGUGGAUCACAACUCGGUUAGAGCAAUGGAGUUUGAUUGAUGAGAAGCGUCUGACAUCAGUAUGUCAUGGACAAUCAUAUCAGAAUAGAAUGGCACGAGCAUACAACAAAAAGGUGCGUCCCAGACAUUUCGAAGAGGGUCAAUUAGUGUUGAGACGUAUUUUUCCACAUCAUGCCGAAACCAAAGGCAAAUUUUCUCCAAAUUGGAAAAGACCAUUAGUUGUUAAAGGGUAUUACCCAAUGGUGCUCUUUACUUAG